AUGUGGCUUCCUUGGACAGUCAACGCGGAGUUGCUCAGUGGAUAUGCCGCAGCGGCCAUGCUCUGCGCUACGCUGACGCAAUGGCUGUCUUCUCCAGGGCUGGAGAUAUAUUCGGAGAUCUUGUGCUGGGCUAUUUUACCCAUCUUGAUAAGGUGCCAGAAGAAAUUGGAGCACGGAUCACUACAGCAGCCGGCAGUCUAUGGGGAGCCGAAUGCACUAUCAUCGCCCUCUUCUUCUCUAUGGUUUUUUGCUGCGGGCAUUGCUGUAUUCGCAUUCAUCAAGAUGGAAACAGGCGCAAUUCAAUUCUUGCCAAUAUUGACGCCCCUUCUAUUGGCGACCCAGAGAUAUUUAGGAUCUGCUUCCAAGUUGCCGGCCGGUCCAUUUUCUCUUCUUUCCAAGUCAACUUGCGGGGCUGCUCUUAUUUCCCUUUUCACCAUUUUCACAUUUUCAAAUUGGACGAUUCAAAUAUCUCUAUCGUCCAUUGCUUUGGCCUCCGCCCUAUUUAUCGUAUAUGCUGCUCUGCUGCCAAAAGGUGGAACAUUUUUGUGUCUUCCAUCCAUCAACUUUGAGCGCGCCAUACGUCCUCUUUCCGUCCGAAUUGUUAUCUUGCUAUUUAUUAUUCUGUGUAUAUCUACUAUUUUAACUAGAAUUUUUAGUGUGAACCCAUUCCAUGUACUUCUUUUAGGUCUGUUGAAGGCAUUGUCUUGGUACUUUGCUGCCAAAGUGGCGCAAAAUACAUCUUGGGUGAUAGCUACCACUAUUACCACAUUUUCAAUUGCAUCUACGAGCAAUCUUUACAACAAAGCAUCUAAUACUGAGGCUGCUGCAUGGGUCUUAGCCGCAGCCAUGGCGCUUGGCCAAGUUAUUUCAUCUUUACCAAAGCAAGCAAAGUAUAAAUCGCUAUUAUGGAUGUUUGGCUUAAUCUCAUUUGUACCCUUUCUCCGAAAUCUUUGGAUGAUUCGCGACAUGCAGCAGUCAGCAAAGGUCUUUGGCCCUGAGCAAGAGCAUCCUGUUGAGACUCUAGUACGCAGCAGUAAGAUUCAUUUCGAGAACCUUCUUAAAAGGCAGUCUAAGAACUAUCAGCAAGCCGUCACGGAGUAUCAACGUCGGUAUGGGGUCAACCCUCCACCUGGAUUUGAAGCUUGGUAUGAAUACGCAAUUAGUCGUCAAUCUCCUAUAAUUGAUGACUUUGACGCCAUCUAUCAGGCUAUUUCGCCACUUUGGAGAUUAAGCGGACAACAAGUACUUGAAAUAAUGAACCAAGUCUAUUAUACGCCCAAAAGCGAGGUGUGGUUCUGCAUGUACUACGGGGCAUAUGCUCAAACACGGUGCAUGCACCCAAAUCGAAUUUACGACAGACAUAUUGAGUAUCAGUUUGAUAGGCUGUUAUGGGGCUUUAAUGGCGUUCUUCCUGAUAUACGAUUUCUCUUCAAUCAUUUUGAUGAGCCGCGUAUCCUGAUUCCGGCAUGGGAAGUAGAGAAGGCUGAUUCCUAUUCGCUGUUCAAUGUUAGAAACAUGUCGCGACAGCCCGUUUGGGAUGAGGUCACGAAAUUUUGUUCAUUGAAAAAGAAGCCAGGCAUCGCAGAGGAGGUACAGAUGCCCAUAGAGGCAUUUGAUAUGCCUUUUGUCGCCAACCGUUCUUCUGCUAUUGAUCUCUGUGAGCACCCAGAGUACCGCAACAUGCAUGGACUAUUUAUGAGCCCGGUAACUUUUUCCUUGGUCGAGGGGCUUGUCCCUGCUCUCUCAACUGGGUCGCCUUCCCCGAUGGGAGACAUUUUAUUUCCCAGUCCGGCAUAUAUUGAAGAAGAGUUUACGUAUGACGAUACGAGAGAGAUCAGCUGGGAAGAGAAGAAGAAUAAUCUAUACUGGGCCGGGUCCACAACCGGCGCAUUCGCCUCAGAUGCAAGCUGGCCAUCUUAUCAUAGACAAAGAUUCGUGAGACUGGUGCAAAAUACAGAGUGCCAGAAGUAUCACUACUUGCGGUUGGUGAGUGGAACGAUACAGCGUGUUGCAUCCUCAUUCCUCAACGGGCGACUGUUCGAUGUCGCUUUUACACGAAUAUUCCAGUGCGAAACAAAAUACUGCAGAGACCAGGCGAGGACCUUGAAGAUUGGUGGAUGGGCUGAUAAAGACAAAGCACUUCAAUCGCGAUUGGUCUUUGAUCUUGAUGGCAACGGCAUCAGCGGCCGCUACUAUAAGCUGCUGGCAUCAAAAUCGGCACCGUUGAAGCAAACGCUUCUAAGAGAAUGGCACGACGACCGCCUCGUGCCGUGGGUUCAUUACAUUCCCGUCAGUCAGAGUCUAGAAGAGCUGCCCGAAAUUGUCCUCUACUUGACGUCGACACAAUCUGGUCAACAGCGGGCUAGAGAAAUCGCAGAACAGGGGCGGGAUUGGUUCUUCAAGGCGCUGCGAGAAGCUGACAUGUCUGUAUAUACAUAUCGACUACUGUUGGAGUUGGCGAGGCUACAGGAUCCGAGUAGACCAGCGGGAUUUCCUGCGACUGGGUAG